AUGGUCAAAGUCCUCAUCUCCCUCAGCGUGUUGGCCGCUGCCGCCACGGCUGGCUCCGUUACGGAACUCCCCGAGUCUGUGACCAAGCUCAUCGACUACUCCAUCAAUCCCUGCGACGACUUUUACCAAUAUGCGUGUGGCGCGUGGCACAAUGAUGCUGUGAUCCCCCCGGACAGACACGCAAUCGAUACAUCGUUCUCCAAGAUCUCCAUCGAAAACCAAGCCGUAUUUAGCAAGAUUUUCUCUGACAACACGACCAAGCUUGGUCAGUUUUACAACUCCUGGUUGGACACGGCUACGCUAUCGUCGCUCGGCCUGACUCCGCUGGAGGACUCGUUCAAAGCCAUUCGGUCGGCCAAAACCACGUUGGACCUCCUCAUCGUGGCAGGUGAAUUGGUCUUGUCGUGUCAAGUGUGUUUGUUCCUACGUUGGAGCGACAACAAAGAAUUUUUUAGCGAAUUUCUCCUGCGCUCUCGAGUUGUUAGCGCUUACCCCUGUCCGUGGCCUUUGUCGACAAGGCCCGUACUGACCCAGACCCAGACUUCUACCCAGACCCCACGUGCAUCAAUGGAUCAAGACGAGCCCCCACCGUUGACGCCACGUGGCCGGACCGGCAUGGUGUUACACCGCACCCGGUCCCAAGAAGACGUGUACGCGCAGCCGAUGGACAUCCCUGUGGUAGCGUACGCCUGA